CCUAUCUCUUCUUAUCUCUGCGAUUUUGCUGUAUAGAGUGUAAAAAAAAAAACAUCAGCUGUUCUGUGGAUAAAAACCCUUUAAAAAUAUAAAAAAAAAAAAGUUGUAAUUUUUCAUUUCAGUCUUCAUCAGCAAACCAAACCCUAAAGCAGUAAGCUUUUGUCUUCAUCAUCAGCAAAUAUGGCAGAACCUGCAACGGAAAAGACGAAGAAAAUAUCAUCUUUUUCCCUCACAGCCAAAGCGUCUUCCACAAUAAGCCAAACCCUAAGCGUCCCUCACAAUUUCUCUAAGCACUGAUCUCAAAUUCAGCUCCAACUUCUUUACGAUUUCGAAAUUGUAGCAGCAAUUAAGUUCCUGUCUUCAUCAGCAGCAAACAUGGCAGAACCCGAAACCAAGAAGAAGACAUCAACACCAUCAUCGAUAAUGUCAGACUGGUCUCAGCUCCCUGAAGAGCUACUCUACCUUAUCUCCACCCAUCUAGAAGAGGAGAACUGUUUCGAUGUUGUUCAUGCUCGCUCUGUUUGCACCUCGUGGCGAUCCGCAUUUCCCUUUCCUUCUUCCCUAUUAUGGCCGAGUUACUCUCUUCCCUCAUUUGGCAAGUUCCCUUUAGAAAGCAAAGACUUGUGCACCCUCCAGAAGAUUCCUUUGUUCCUCUUUAGAGUCAAAACUCCUCUUGAUAGUGAUGCUGCUGAGUAUUUUCUGGGAGGGAUAGGCCGAGAUGAGUCAGAGGAGAAUCAUAUGGAGCUUCUUCCAUCUCUCCUUCAGUGCUCAGUGAAAGUCAAGAUUCCAGGAUCUGAUCCUACCUUGUUGAACAUGCUCGACUGCCAGAUCAUCCCUCUGGGACAUCAGUACAGAAUGAUCGGUUGGAAUCUUAGUAGUAUGGCUAUUCUUCCGCUAAACAAGGAGGACAAAAGAGGACAAUUUGUUGUCCUUCUUAACACCUCUAGAUAUUUGCUCGUGUUAACAAGUGUCGAAAUGAGAUGGAAGCGGCUUGAAGGCGUUCCAACUUCUUAUUGCACGGGUUUAAUUACUUUUAAAGGCAGGUUUUAUGCAAACUUUCUAUCGAAACAAAUUGUCGUUAUUGAUCCUUAUUCGCUAGAGGUGACUCUUCUAUUCCCCUCGCCUCAAGAGAUAGCACCCUAUCUGGUUCUAUCUGGCAAUGAUGAACUUUUCCUGGUUGAGGUAAGGUUCCCACCUUUUGGUGUUUCGGAUAUCAGUCGAUUUACAUGUAGAGUGUGUAGGCUAGAUGAGGAGGCUGGUACAUGGGCUGAGGUCAACGAUUUGGGAGACUGUGUAUUCUUUAUUUGCCAACUGGGAAAUGUCUCUAUCUCAGCUAAGGAGCUUCCCUAU